AGAGAGACCUUUAAUCGUCCCACAAAUGGGGAACUUUCUCUGUUACGACAGCAGAGAGAAAGAGCUGCAAAUAUAUAAAAAGAAUAGAGACAUAAAAUAAUAUACACAAUGUAUAAGUACAAAGAGGAACAAAGUGACCACAAUUUUCGUCCUGACAUCAGAUAACAACAGCCGACAACAACAGCAGAGGAUUCCGCGCUGCUUAAGGCAACGAGGCGCGACUAAAUACUAAUCACAAUUAGACACAUGAGGAACAGGUGUGCAGAGGUGGGUAGGAAGAGACACGUGAACUCAGAACAUCAACAAAAGCACAUGGCUAAAGUCCGGGCUGAGUCGGGACAUCCUUAUGACCAGUGAUGGUUUUGAGUCCCUUCCACACACCACUGACAUUUUUUCUCAUCAUCAUCAUCAUCAUCAUCAUCAUCAUCAUCAUCAUCAUCAUCACUGCACACCUUCAGAUGUUAAAGAAUGACAUCUGGAGACAUCUGUUUAUUUUGCUAAGAGCCAGUUAAUAAUUCUGCUAUCUCAUGUAAUCAUGUAAGAAAAUAAAUAUUUCAGGUUCAAUAAAACGAGCCUCGUGAGCCGAACCGAAGCACGUUGUACAGUCUCGUGUGUGAACUUUAUCCUCUAGUCAAACAAGAGCAAGUAGCACUGGGUGUGUUUCCCAGCCUUAUCUGAGCGUGGCCUUUCCCUGAAUCAAUAAAACCUGUCUCUAUGUUUAGAAAUGUUUUCGCUGGAGACAUUUUACUUUACCUCAAAAGAAAAAAAGGUGAGAGGAAGUCACUAUGAAAUAGGGAGAAAUCACAUGAACGUACGUACACAGGACACAUAAGAACCUGAGCGAUUUCUGUUAUAAUGUCGAUUAUGUUUUAAUACAAAAAGAAUUUAUAAUCAAAACAAAAUGCUGCAGUUGGGAAUCUCACACAGGAUGAUGUGGGAAAUGAAGCAGGAGGACAGAUUGGCAGUUCAACAUCAAGGUCACGAUGGCAGAAAUAUAAAUGAGCAGCGCAGCAUGGAUCUGUUCAUCAAGCAACAUGAGAGGACUCGCGGUCUUGGCAGCUCUGCUCGUAGCUGCUGCUUUCUGCAAGGAGACGUUCGAGGGACACCAGGUUCUUCGGAUAACUGCAAAGGAUGAGGUGGAGAUCAGGCUCCUGAAGGAACUGUCUGGGCAAGAACAUCUCCAGCUGGAUUUCUGGAUGGAUCCCGUUGCCGUGUCUCUCCCUGUCGAUGUCCGUGUUCCCUUCCACAGCCUGCAGGACGUGAGAGCGUUCCUGGGCUACCAUGAGAUCCACUAUGAUAUCAUGAUCCAGGAUCUUCAGGAUCAUCUGGAUAAGGAGCAGCAUGAGAUGAUGAGAUCUCGUGUUUUUCAGCCCAGAACCACCGAUGACUAUGACUACUCUAACUACCACACUCUGAGCGAGAUCAACAGCUUCAUGGACAUGUUGGUGCAGGAGAACCCUAAACUGGUUAGCAAGCUCGUGAUCGGACAGAGUUACGAGGGCCGUCCAUUAAACGUUCUGAAGUUUAGCACUGGUGGUACGAAGCGUCCGGGGAUCUGGAUAGACACCGGGAUCCACGCCAGAGAAUGGAUCACACCAGCAAGUGGAUCCUGGUUCGCUAAGAAGAUCGUGACAGAUUACGGACAUGACCCCGUUCUUACCGCCAUCCUUGACAAGUUAGACAUUUUCCUGGAGCUUGUUACCAACCCCGACGGUUAUGAAUAUACCCACAGCAGCAACCGCAUGUGGCGCAAAACGAGGAGGAUAAACAUUGGUACCUCGUGUAUCGGUGUGGACCCUAACAGGAACUGGGGUACAGCGUUUGGAGGUGCUGGUUCCAGUAGUAACCCUUGCUCUGAGACGUACCGUGGAAUAAGUGCUUACUCUGAGCCCGAGGUCAGGUCCAUUGUGGAUUUUACGAAGUCUCACGGCAAUCUCAAGUCCUUUUUGACCAUCCAUAGCUACUCUCAGAUGAUGCUCUAUCCCUACGGUGACACCGGUGCUCCUUGCGUGGAUGAAGCAGAGCUGGAUGAGCUUGCUUUCAAAGCUGCCACUGCAUUGGAGGGUCUGUAUGGCACUAAAUACACCUACGGGAGCACCUUUGAUACCAUCUAUCAGGCGAGCGGAGUGACCACAGACUGGGCCUACGAUCAGGGCAUCAAGUACUCCUACACCUUUGAGCUGAGAGACACCGGGCGUUACGGAUUCGUCCUUCCUGCGGAUCAGAUCAUCCCGACAGCUCAGGAGACGUGGCUGGCUCUCAUGGUCAUCAUGGAGCACACUAAGAACAACCCGUACUGAAUCAGCGGAGAUGCUGAAUCGUCAUGUAAUGUGUGAUAAUAAAGAGUCAUUUCAAUAAAA